UUGUCAGCACAGUUCGUUAACAGUCCUAGUCGCGAUUCUAGGAGGUUAAGCCCACUGAGCGUGUGUUUAGUUUCAAAACAAAAAUAAUUUCCCAUCUAAGGAAAACCAACGAAAACAAAGGACAUUGUGUGCCGUUAAUUUAACAAAAAAAAAAAAAAAAAACUUGUGAUUCUAAUUCUUUAAGAACUCUUUAAGUGUGAUUUUAAUUCUAAAAUAAAAAAAUAAUAAUCAUGAAAGUAUUUAUCAUUGCAACAGCCCUGCUGGUGGCCACCUGCUCUGCCUCAUAUCAUGGCGCCGUUUCAACACAAUAUGCCAGCUUGGAUCCCCACAGUCAUAGCUAUUCGUAUGGCUAUUCUGAUCCAAAUUCGCAAAAACAUGAAACACGUUCACAUGAUGGUGUAACGCAUGGCUCAUAUUCCUAUGUGGAUGGUCAUGGUCAUGUCCAGUCGGUACAUUAUACAGCUGAUCCUCAUACGGGCUUCCAUGCCACCGGUACAAAUUUGCCCAAGGGACCCGCACCUCUGCCCGCUUUGGCUCAUGCUGCUGCCUAUGAUGGUGGUCACUAUGCUGCCGGACAUGCCUAUCACGGACCUUUGGCCCACAUCACAUUGACUCAUGAAGGUGUACCCCACGAUACUCCCGAAGUUGCCCAUGCCAAGGCUGCCCAUGCUGCUGCUUAUGCCGCUGCCGCCGCUGCUGCUGCCCACAGUGGUGAUGGUGGUCAUCAUCAUUUGUACAAACGUUCAUUGUGGGGAGGUCAUGCCGGCUAUGCCCAUGUUGCUGCUCCCGUUGUCUUGACCCAUGGUGGUGUUCCUGUAGAUACUCCCGAUGUCCAGGCCGCCAAAGCCGCCCAUUAUGCUGCCCAUGCCAAGGCUUUGGGUGCUGCUGGCCAUGGUCAUGGUGCUCCCUUAGACACUCCUGAAGUUUCCCAUGCCAAGGCUGCUCACUUUGCUGCCCAUGCCGCUGCUCGCUCUGGCCAUCCCGGUGCCGCUAGUCAUGCCGUUGCCGCCCAUGGUUUCCACAUUCCCGUCAUCCACAAUGGUGUACCCGUCGAAACUCCCGAAGUCCAACAUGCCAAGGCUGCCCAUUUUGCUGCCGUUGCCAAAGCUGCCGCCACUGCUGGUCCUGCUGAUCAUGGUGAUGAUGGUCACUACGACGGUCGUUGGGAUGGUGAUCAUGCUGGCGGUCAUGGUGGUGCUCCCUCACACUAUGCCACAUCGGCCCAUCACACACCCGCCGGUCCCUAUCACGGUCCCCUGCACAUUCCCGUCAUUCACAAUGGUGUGCCCGUAGAGCCAGCAGAAGUACAACAUGCCCGUGCUGCCCAUUUGAAUGCCUUGGCCGCCGAAAGCCAUAACUCUGUCGGCCAUGGUUACUACGGUAAAUGGUAAAAAGUGGACGAAACUGGAGUCAAACAAAGAAAGCAAGACAGAAACCCUAACAACCCCUUAACGUGAUGCCACUGAUUUUUAAUAGAAGCCCAUGGAACUGAUUUUAAACGAAGGAUGUCUAUAACGAAAAAUGGAUAUUAUUUCUAAUAUAAAUACUCUCUUACCACUUAGGAAGUUUAAGUUUAUAUCUCUGCUCAAAGAGUAAGGCAGAGAACACAAUUUUCUAGUUUUCAAUUUACACCGGUCUCUCGACAUUUUCUCUUAAUUUCUAUAUUUUUUCCUCCUUUCAACUUUCUUCUGAAACUUAAAAGAAAACACACGCUCAUUUCUCUUGUGAGGAGAAGAUUUUCAACAAACAAAGAUCUUGCCCAAGAGAAAGCCUCUAUCUCUCUAUUUUUCUCUAUCUUACCAUUUCUGUUAAUUUAUCACAUUCUAGCCACUGAAAUGUUCCCAUACUCUUAGGAUUCUUGCAAUUUGUCCAUACUUCAAGCAGCUCAUUCUCCAAAUAGUCACCUUCAUUUCACUCUCUCUCUCUCGCUCUCUUCCCCUCUCCUUUGAAAACAAUCACAAUGGUCUCUUUUAUAAAAAAACAAAA